GGCGGCAGUAACCCUCGGAGCUGCUUUUCCUCGCGCCCGCUCCGGGGCUGGCAGCGGAUGGGCGGCCGCGGGCCGCGGGACAACAGGCGGGGAACGGGUGCGAGCCGGGACCGGGCGGGGCGGGCGCGCACAGGGGCCGCGGGGCGGCCGGGCGGGGCGCGGGCCGGCGGUUUGGGAGGGCGCCCCGCGUCCGAGAGGUGAGCCGGGCCCUGACGCUGCGCGGGUUCCGCGUCCCCGCUGCCGCGCCAUGGCGGAGACCAAGAUCAUCUACCACAUGGACGAGGAAGAGACGCCGUACCUGGUCAAGCUGCCCGUAGCUCCGGAGCGCGUCACGCUGGCGGACUUCAAGAACGUGCUCAGCAACCGGCCGGUGCACGCCUACAAAUUCUUCUUCAAGUCUAUGGACCAGGACUUCGGGGUGGUGAAAGAAGAGAUCUUCGAUGACAAUGCCAAGUUGCCCUGCUUCAAUGGCCGGGUGGUUUCCUGGCUGGUCCUGGCUGAGGGCGCGCACUCGGAUGCAGGGUCCCAGGGCACUGACAGCCACACGGACCUGCCCCCACCCCUCGAGAGGACAGGCGGCAUUGGGGACUCCAGGCCCCCCUCCUUCCAUCCAAAUGUUGCCAGUAGCCGUGAUGGGAUGGACAACGAGACAGGCACAGAGUCCAUGGUCAGUCAUCGGCGAGAGCGUGCCCGACGUCGCAACCGUGAUGAGGCUGCCCGGACGAACGGGCACCCGAGGGGGGACCGGCGACGGGAUCUGGGACUGCCUCCAGAUAGUGCAUCCACCGUACUGAGCAGUGAGCUUGAAUCUAGCAGCUUUAUUGACUCAGAUGAGGAGGACAACACAAGCCGGCUGAGUAGCUCUACAGAGCAGAGCACCUCCUCUCGGCUGAUUCGCAAGCACAAAUGUCGGCGGCGGAAGCAGCGCUUGAGGCAGACAGACCGGGCAUCCUCCUUCAGCAGCAUCACCGACUCCACCAUGUCCCUGAACAUCAUCACCGUCACUCUCAACAUGGAGAGGCACCACUUCCUGGGCAUCAGCAUCGUGGGCCAGAGCAACGACCGGGGUGAUGGCGGCAUCUACAUUGGAUCCAUCAUGAAGGGCGGGGCUGUGGCUGCUGAUGGCCGCAUUGAGCCAGGCGACAUGCUGCUGCAGGUGAAUGAUGUCAACUUUGAGAACAUGAGCAACGAUGACGCUGUGCGGGUACUUCGGGAGAUCGUAUCCCAAACGGGGCCCAUCAGCCUCACAGUGGCCAAGUGCUGGGACCCAACCCCUCGGAGCUACUUCACCAUCCCAAGGGCUGACCCAGUGCGACCCAUCGACCCAGCCGCCUGGCUGUCCCACACGGCGGCGCUGGCGGGUGCUCUGCCCCGCUAUGGUACGAGUCCCUGCUCCAGUGCCAUUACUCGCACCAGCUCUUCCUCACUAACCAGCUCAGUGCCUGGCGCCCCACCUCAGCCAUACUGGCCAUCUGGAUGCAUUGAAGGAUCCGCCAGGCCUGUGUUGCGGACUGGGAGGACACAUGAGCUGGAGGAGGCUCCGCUGACCGUGAAGAGCGACAUGAGCGCCAUUGUCCGGGUCAUGCAGCUGCCGGACUCAGGGCUGGAGAUCCGGGACCGUAUGUGGCUUAAGAUCACUAUUGCCAAUGCUGUCAUUGGGGCGGACGUGGUGGACUGGCUGUACACACACGUGGAGGGCUUCAAAGAACGCAGGGAGGCGAGGAAGUAUGCCAGCAGCAUGUUGAAGCACGGCUUCUUGCGGCACACGGUCAACAAGAUCACCUUCUCUGAGCAAUGCUACUAUGUCUUUGGGGACCUGUGCAGUAACCUUGCAUCCCUGAACCUCAACAGUGGCUCCAGUGGAGCCUCAGAUCAGGACACACUGGCCCCACUGCCCCACCCAUCCGUGCCCUGGCCCUUGGGUCAAGGCUACCCCUACCAGUACCCAGGGCCCCCGCCCUGCUUCCCACCUGCUUACCAGGACCCUGGCUUCAGCUACGGCAGUGGCAGUGCUGGGAGUCAGCAGAGUGAAGGAAGCAAGAGCAGUGGGUCCACAAGGAGCAGCCAUCGGACCCCAGGCCGAGAGGAGCGCCGGGCAGCCGGAGCUGGGGGUAGCGGCAGCGAAUCAGAUCACACGGCACCAAGUGGGUCUGGUAGCACUGGCUGGUGGGAGCGUCCUGUCAGCCAGCUUAGCCGUGGCAGUAGCCCUCGAAGUCAGGCCUCAGCUGUUGCUCCAGGGCUCCCCCCACUUCACCCCCUGACAAAGGCCUAUGCAGUAGUGGGCGGACCACCUGGAGGGCCACCUGUCCGGGAGCUGGCUGCUGUUCCUCCAGAACUUACAGGUAGCCGCCAGUCCUUCCAAAAGGCCAUGGGAAACCCCUGUGAGUUCUUUGUGGACAUUAUGUGACCAUCAACCAGUGUUUUCAGUGCUGCCUGUGGCAAGAGUCUGUGGUCCUGCUGUGCCAGGAUCUCUAUGGACUUGCCUUAGUGGUGGCCAGCCAGGAUAGAUCAGCUGUGGGGUCUGGGCCAGGGCAGAGGGAGCAGGCUGCAGAGGAAGGGCUGAUAUGGGCUUGGCAUCCUGCCUGCUGUGUGGUGCAGCUCAAGUAGAGUCUUGUGAGGAGAUGUCUGUCUUUAGGUCCUCAGCAUAAGUCUCAGGGACCACCUCCUGGUUCCUUUUUUUGGAAGUGACCUCCAUUUAGGAUAAGAAAGACUCUCUUGGGCUCUGUGCACGUUCCCCCCCCCCCCCAAAAAAAAAACUCUUCCAGAACUGUGCACAGUGGCCCAGACUGACUCUCACUGAGUUCAUGGGCCUCACCUGUCAGGCCAAGGUAGGGUUCUUGAGGGGUUAGACAGAGCCUUUAAACCUCUCUGGCUGCCCACGUGGGAUCUAACUUAUUUAUUUAUUGCUAGCCUGCCUGCUCUGAGGGUGGCAGCUGGUUACCCAAUGGGGGCAGGUGCAUGUCCCUCUCCCCCCUUGGUACUCAGCCCAUGACAACAGUUUGUGCUGGGAGUACGUGGAGGAUGCCGAGUGCACCUUUACACGGCGAUAGCGCACACAAUAGCUACAGAGAUGGGGUCCUGUCCUGUCCUGUCGCUGCUACCCUGGUGGCUGUCCACCAGCAUGUGCCACUGCCAUCUUGGCUUGGCAGCCCCACACUUCUGCACUGUAGAUACGGUGUCGAAGUCUGAGCAGCUGGGUAGUUCACGUGUAAACGCUGCUUCUGUGUAAAUGCUGCUUCUGUGUAAAUGCUAUUUUAAACACUAAAAAGCGUUUAAUUUUAUGGGA